AGCCUGACCACGGCUAUCACAGCCUGGAGGAGGAGCAGCAGCAGCACAAGGGUGUUUGUCAAGCAGAGGUAGGGCGACGGCGGGAGCACCGGUGUGAUACCGGGGAGUUGAAGCGGCCCGAGGAUCCGAAUGACACCGGGAGACAACCUGGAGGUGGCCCCUUGGAGCAGGAGGGGAUCAAGGGUUCAGCUGAGAAGGUGGCACUUGAGGGGGAAGCCUUGAGUGAAGAGGAUGACGAGGACUCCGAAAUAGAGCAAAACCUUCCAGUUUCAGCCAGGCCUGUCUGUGCAAAUAAAUUAAUAGACUAUAUCAUAGGGGGAGUUUCCAGUGAGGAGGAGAGUGCGGAUGAUGAGGAAGACUGGGAUGAUGAUGACGAUGGGUUUGAUAGCGAAGGCCUCCUCUCAGAUUCAGAUGCUGAGAACCAGGACGGGGAAAGGCUUCAUCUCUGGAAUUCCUUCUACAGUUUGGAUCCAUACAACCCUCAGAACUUUACAGCCACCAUUCAGACAUCUUCCAGCAAUCCAGGAAAGGAUAUGUCUGAUUUGGAGGAGGAGGAGGAAGAUUCUUCAUGGGCAGAGGAGUCUUCAGGCUCUCGUCACCCUAGUUCUGAAGAGGAGGACGAGUGGGACUGCAGCAGUGUGGAUGAGGCAGAAAACUUAAAGCUUUGGAACUCGUUCUGUACUUCAGAUGAUCCCUAUAAUCCUUUAAAUUUUAAGGCAGCCUUUCAAACGGCGGAGAAAAAAGGAGCAAGUGGUUUAAAAGGAGCAGAGGGGCUGAGUUUGGCCGCUCCUGAGCGGAGUAACUUCACUGUUUGUGGGAUGCAGUUGGAAAAACAGAACUGUGGGGUCACUGACUUUGCACAGCGUGGCAUUCUGGCUG